AUGCUGAAAAAUGGAAAGGCCCCUGGGAUUGAUGAAGUAGUUUCUGAAUGCCUAAAAAAAGAAGGAAACAAGCUAUUUCAACAACUCCAUAGGCUAACCACCGAUAUUUGGGAGCAAGAGGAGAUUCCAGAAUCAUGGAAGAUGUCUGUCCUAUGCCCAGUGUAUAAAAAGGGAGACAAAAUGGACCCAAAGAACUAUAGAGGAAUUUCUCUGUUAAACACUUCGUACAAAAUAUUAUCUAACCUCUUAUUAAACAGAUUGAAACCAUUUAUUAAAGAAAUUAUUGGAGAAUACCAGGCAGGUUUCAUGGUAGGUAAAUCGACUAUAGAUCAGAUUCAUAUAAUAAAACGGAUUGCAGAAAAAAAGCCAUGAAUUUAAUAAAGAUGUACAUAUGCUUUUUGUGGACUUUAAAGCAGCAUACGACUCGGUAGAUAGAAAGAAACUGUGGAACAUAAUGUCCCGUUUGGGGAUACCAGAAAAACUUACUAGAAUAAUCAAAGUGUGCGUACAAGGCUCUAAAUGCAAUGUGAGUUUUGGAGGAACCUACUCAAAUAAAUUCCCAGUGUCGACAGGUCUCAGACAAGGAGACGCAUUGUCACCAGCUUUGUUUAACAUUGCCUUAGUCAAUGGUGAGACAAGUUCUUAGUAAGGCAGAAGGAUUAAAACUUAGUGAUGACAAACAGCUCACAAUUGUAGCAUAUGCUGAUGAUCUAGUGAUUAUAACAGAAAAUGAGGAGAGUCUGAAACAAUCCACAAAAGAGCUAAUAAGGGCAGGGAAAGAAAUAGGUCUUAACAUAAAUGGANUAGUCAGGAAGAAAUAAGAGAAAGAUUGAUAGCAGCAAACAGAUGUUAUUUUGGAUUAUCCAUACUAUUCAAAUCAAAAUUACUCUCAAGAAGAUCAAAUACAACAUUGUAUAAUAAAGUUUUAAUUAGACCUAUAGCAUUAUACGUGUGUGAGACGUGAGCAACCACAAAAAUAGAUGAGAAGAAUUUGGGUUUUUUGGAAAGAAAAAUACUUCGGAAAAUUUUUGGACCAAAAAAGAAUGAAGGAGGUGAAUUUGAAAUUGGGACAAAUGAGGAGUUAAGAGAAUUAUUUGGAGAAGCCGAUAUUAUAGGAAUUAUGAAGAGUAGCAGAAUAAGAUGGGCUGGUCAUGUUUGGAGAUCUGAAGUACUGGGGAGCAUAACAAAAUGGAAACCAAACACAAAACGGCCUCGAGGAAGACCCAGACAACAGUGGGCUGAUAGAGUCAAGGAUGACCUCAGGAUGAUUGGUGUGAAAAAUGCGGAGGAAAUGUCGAGACAGGGAAAAGUGGAAGGAUGUUGUUGUUGCGGCAAUGGACCUUAA